UAAUAAAUUUUGGAUGAAUCUCGACAUCUCGUCUCUCUAUAAAAUAAACUUUUUCGUUUUAUUUACUGUUCAGGAAUUCUACAUAAACUGCUCUUCACUCUUCAGGAGUCGUCUUCUGUUGUUCGUAAAAGUCUUGAGAGAGGUUACAAAAAUGGCUGACAGAAAACAAGUUGAGGACGUGAAACCAACCGUGGAUACUGCAACUCAGAGCCGCGUUCUAGGACAGCAUGGUAAUGAGCCAAGGGAUGCCAUGGCCCAAUUCCGAGCCACCAAAGAUCCUGAUGUUAAGAAACUGGACAAUGACCAGUUGGCCUUGUUGUUGCAGCGGACAAAUGAGGCUAGAGCAGCCAUCGCGGCAGAGCUGAACAGGCGGCUUAACAACUGAGCACGACCGACGUGUCAAUUGAUCCACCUUUAUUAUCUAGCAUAAGUUGUUGUUGUUUUUCUAAGCAAGUGUAACGUGUUGUUCAACUAACUACUCUGGUUUUAAUUUAAUGAAGUUGUGUUAAAAAAAUAAAAUAAAAGGGCUUGGUUUGGAUGCUUCUGAUGA